GCUCAUACAACGAUCGACCGAAGUUAGCCAUAGGCAACACGAUGACGACGACAACCAGAACAACACCCAGAACAACGAUGACAGCGAGACGUGGAUUGUUCUCUGUGCUGCUGCUCUGCGCAGCCCUGCUGAUGACCAAGUCCUGCGGCGCUCAGGCGCUCAGUGGCGCUGGCAGCGGCGAUUUGGCCUGGAGCGAAACAACAACAGCUGCAGAAGGCAGUGGCUGGGAGGUGACGAUCACCAGCACACCACAGCCGGAAGAAUCAACUGUGCAGGAGGAACUGACAACGAAUGCCAUAGAAGAGGUGGACACGACAACAAUUGCUGAUGAAACACCAUCGGAGACAACUACUGCUGCUGUGGAUGCGGAAACCACGCUGAGUCCUAACGAACCGGAGCCAGAGACCACGGUCGCACCCAAUGAGGAGCCAUCUACAUCAGCUCCCAGCGAACAGCAGCCAACUGAUAGCCCCAGUGCAGAGCCCUCCACUUCAGCACCAAGUGUGGAGCAGUCUUCCAGCAGCCCCAGCGAACAGCAGCCCACUGGCAGUCCUAGCGAAGAGCCAUCAACUGGUAGCCCUAGCGAAGAGCCAUCUACCGGCAGUCCUAGCGAACAGCCAUCUACCGGUAGCCCCAGCGAACAGCCAUCUACCGGUAGCCCCAGCGAACAACAACCCACUGGCAGUCCUAGCGAAGAGCCAUCAACUGGUAGCCCUAGCGAAGAGCCAUCUACCGGCAGUCCUAGCGAACAGCCAUCUACCGGUAGCCCCAGCGAACAACAACCCACUGGCAGUCCUAGCGAACAGCCAUCUACCGGUAGCCCUAACGUGGAGCAGUCCUCUGUCAGCCCCAGCGAACAGCCAUCCACUUCAAGUCCUACUGAGGAGCAAUCCUCUGGCAGCCCCAGCGAACAGCCGUCCACUUCAAGUCCCAUUGCACCAACGCCAUCGGCACCUCCCGCAUUCCAGUGCGAGAAACCUGGUGUAUUCGCCCAUAACAGCGGUGACUGUCAGCGCUUCCACAAAUGCAUUCAGACCGGUCCUUUCGGUGAGCUGACGGCCUUUGACCUGGUAUGCCCGCCACUGAUGGCUUUCUCGCCCAUCUACGGCCGAUGCGUGCGUGAUGUGGCGGCGUGCGACAGUGAUGGAUUCGUUUGCUCCGCUCCCGGACGCUUUGCAGGCAGCGACUCCAGCUUCUAUUACAACUGUGUGUUGAGCAUACGCGGUGGCUAUCAUAAGUAUAUUGUGCGCUGCUCGCCUGGCCAGCGUUUCGAGCCAUUGAUGGGUCGCUGCUGGCGUUAUGAUUGGACCCAAUUCCAGCCUGGACAGGCGUUUGAAUCUGAGGACUUAGCGGCCAUCAAACAGGAACAGAAGCAGCUGAAGACCGAGGAGAAGUUGCGCCAGAAGGCCGAAAAGAUCAAAGAGAAACAGAUUCUCAAGCAACAAAAGCUGGAGGAGAAGCUGGCCAAAAAGGCGGCCAAGGAGAAGGCCAAGCAAGAGGCCAAGGCCAAGAAGCCUCUGUCCAUUGAAAGCGCCGAGUCCCCCGAACUGCCCAGCAUCGAAGUCUAAUGGAGCCCAGUAACCCCGAAAUCCCGUUCUAAUCUAUGUUGGUGUAUAGCAUAGCCCCAUUAAGUUAUGGUUCUUAAUUUCACUAUUUUUUUUUCCUGUUUUGCAUGAAUAAAGACAAAAGUUCUUUAA